CAUUUGCAAGGGCUUCCCAAAACUUCCAAGCAAUGUCGCAAUGGCUCAUAUGGCACCGGGACGGGCGGAGAAGGAGAAGAAGCCGUUGCGAGGCCAAAAGAGCAAACAGGAAGCUGAUGCAGAGCGAGGGCAGAGAGGCAGUUUGUAUGGAGCAGUCAAUAAGGCUGAAAACCCGGAUGUGUGGCUGAAAAGAGUGGGAAGGUGGCUGGAAACAUCGGAUGACACAGAUCCAGUCCGUUGGCUGACCCUUUGUUGUGAUGACUUCAAGCCAAGAAGGAUAAAGGCACCGGUGGUGCUUGCGUGGCUUGUGAUUCAAGUGCUCGGGUUGCUCUUCCAGGUGAUGCUGCUGCUGGAGAUUGGGCGGAACCUUGAAAACUUUGAGGAGACCCUGGCUGCCAACUGCGCUCCACAUCAGCAGCAUGACAUUUGCUUGGGGCCGGCCUGGAAUUUGAGCUUCACUGGGACGUUGACGUUUCCUCCAAGCGCAAAUCAGGUAUCAGUCCCCCGCUUUGCAAUUGCUCGGUGCUGUGGUGACCUGUGGUUGAGUUGUUUGGAUUCCGCCUUUGCAACACUUGAUAGAAGUUGGUAGAGUGGUAGAGGCCUAACGGGCAUAUUAUGAUUAUGUCGGUAUAUGCAACAUGGUGUAGGUGUUGCGGGCCGCUCUCUGUGAAUUUCAGCUCCAACCGCAAUCCAAAUGGCUCGAGCGCGGUUUCGUCGCGCCCUGUUUGAGUUUGGCAGGCCAUGGAAGUUCAAAUCGAGGCUUUGCCAGGAUGGGAGGCCAAGAAGUUUCGCAAUGCCUACCGCGGAGCCCCUCGCGAGGCAGAGGUGCUGCGCCCCGGCAUUUGCUCGAAGUCGUUGCAGGAGCUUCAUCGACAUGUCAUGACUAGGG